GGUUCCCCAAAAAGAGCAAAGUCCAGAAGAGGGGGAAAAACUUGUGAGGCGUAUCGCUCAGGUCACUAGAUCCUGUAAGUUGUCGUUUUAGAUAAAUCGCUAGAGUUGAGUUGACUUUACUGUUUUAUAUACUUCAUAAAUUUUUGUUUACACUUGGGUCGAACCUCGUGUUCGUUUGGACAAAAACUUAAGAGCGCUGAAUAGCGAGAUGCCUUUCUGAAUAAGCCCACUCUUCACGUGCUAAACUUAAGCAUGCUUCGUAAAGAUUCCUACGGAAGCUGCCGUCUCUUUUGUUUUUACUGGAUCUUCGUCCUUAUUACAGUUAGUGAUGGAAACCCAGACGCUAGAAGACUCUAUGACGACCUCAUAUCUAGAUACAAUAAGCUGGUGCGACCUGUGAUGAAUGUUACUGAUCCUCUGACCGUUCACAUAAAAUUGAAGUUGUCACAACUGAUCGAAGUUAAUUUAAAAAAUCAAAUUAUGACAACUAAUUUAUGGGUUGAACAGUACUGGCAUGAUUACAAGUUAACUUGGGAACCAAGAGAAUAUGGCGGAGUUGAUAUGCUUCAUGUUCCUUCAGAUCAUAUUUGGAGACCAGACAUAGUGUUGUAUAACAAUGCUGAUGGGAACUUUGAAGUGACACUUGAGACCAAAGCCCAAUUAAACAACCGAGGAAUGAUACAAUGGAAGCCUCCUGCCAUUUAUAAAAGUUCUUGUGAAAUCGAUGUAGAAUUUUUCCCUUUCGAUGUCCAGACAUGUUUGAUGAAAUUUGGAUCGUGGACUUAUGAUGGAUUCAAGGUUGAUCUGCGUCACAAAGAUGAGGUAAAAGGAACUAGUUUGGUCGAGAUUGGAAUCGAUCUCACAGAAUUCUAUCUCAGCGUCGAAUGGGACAUUCUUGAAGUACCUGCAGUUCGUCAUGAAAAGUAUUACACUUGUUGCGAGGAGCCGUACGUGGAUAUAACAUUCAACAUAAGCAUGCGCCGUAAAACCCUGUUCUAUACAGUGAACCUCAUCAUUCCUUGCAUGGGCAUAUCUUUCCUCACAGUCCUGGUCUUUUACUUACCCUCCGAUAGCGGGGAAAAGGUCACUCUCAGCAUUUCAAUUUUGCUGUCGCUCACGGUGUUCUUUCUGCUUUUAGCCGAAAUCAUUCCUCCUACCUCUCUGGUAGUGCCUCUGCUCGGAAAAUACCUACUAUUCACUAUGAUACUUGUCACUCUGUCCAUCUGCGUGACUGUUGUGGUGCUAAAUGUUCAUUUCCGUACAUCGUCCACCCACAAAAUGGCGCCUUGGGUUAAGCGCGUCUUUCUGCAGAUUUUGCCACGUCUGCUACUGAUGCGUAGACCAUUAUAUUCCGCUGAUCCCAGAAAAUUUAUGACUAGACCGUGCAGUGGCGCAGAUCCUCAGACCAGCAGAAGCAGUUAUGAUAUGGAAUUCGCAGAACAGAUGCCUCAACCAUCCCAGCAAUAUGGUGGAUGCCGCAUCCAUGGAUUCGCUGGGAAAAAGGCGACUGAUGCCCCAAAUACAGAUGAUGAUGGGAGCUCUUCAUCAAUGCAAAACGCAGAAGCAAGUCCCACUCCUGGAAUUACUCCUAUGCGUCUGCAUUUUUGCCCAGAAUUUCAGAGAGCUAUGGAAUCCGUGCAUUUCAUUGCUGACCAUACCAGAAGAUACGAGGAGCAUAUAAGUGUUAAGGAAGACUGGAAAUACGUUGCAAUGGUCUUGGAUCGUCUCUUUCUUUGGAUCUUCACCGUGGCUGUUCUUGUCGGAACCUGUGGAAUCAUUUUGCAUGCCCCAACGCUAUACGACACCCGAGAACCAAUUGACGUGAAGCUGUCUGAAGUAGCGAUGGCUACCAUGCAUCACCACCGACGAACAUAAAGUGAACACUUUUAUAACCACAAAUUGGAGUUUAGUUCUAAAAUUCUUAGAUGUGAUGUUCCUAAUCUCUUUGUCUCUGAUUCUGUUGUAUUGAUUCUUCAGGAGGGAAUCUCCGGAAUGCCAUAAAUUUUGAGGUGCAACCAAAGACACAAUAUGAUUUUUUAAAAAUUUAAUUCAUUGUCGAAGUCGAACAAACUCACCACAUCAAAGCAAACGAGAAUAUCAUUCUCUGCGGAUUAACUGGUCCAGUACAUUUAAAUUUUUAAAACUAUAUAGAUGAGUUAGUUCAGUAUAUUGCAAAGCGAUAAAUAAGCAAACAACCAGUUGCGUGUCUUACCACUCACUAAAAGGAGAAUUUAGAUUUCAGAAAACAGAUAAUAUGUAACUAGAGUUUGCGUUUAUGCAUUUACAUGAUGAAGAAAAUGCAUUUAUUAUAAUACCGCAGAUUUAAAAUUAUACUACAAUUAAUUUAAUGAUUUUAUUUAUAUUUGCCUUUUUCA